AUGACCUCCAAUCCUCAGCAGGUGGAGGAAAAGUCUCCCGCUGAGAUGGAGUCGGCCUACUUCAGCAAGUAUCCGCCACCCAAGUCUCUCCAGAAGCACGAAGCUCUUGCGCGAGCUUUCAUUGAGUAUCAUGUCGAAUCGAAUCGACGAGUGGUGCUUGUGACCUCUGGUGGAACGACAGUUCCCUUGGAGACGCAAACGGUCCGCUUUAUUGACAACUUCAGUGCCGGUACUCGAGGAGCAACCUCAGCAGAGUACUUCCUGGAAGCAGGCUACGCAGUGAUCUUCUUUCACCGGCAGUUCAGUCUCCUGCCAUAUUCGAGGCAUUACAGUCACUCAACGAACUGUUUUCUCGAUUUCAUGGAAGAGGCGACGCCUUCAACUACCAGUGGGGACAACAACAAUGGUCCCAUUGUCGUGCGCAGCGAGUAUCAGGAUGAGAUGCGCGAUGUUCUGCGCAAGUAUCGUUAUGCGAAACAGAACAACCGCCUGCUUCUCCUGCCUUUCACCACUGUGACAGACUACCUGUUUGAGCUGCGUUCUCUGGCAAUACUGAUGCGGCCACUGGGCCCAAAUGCCCUUUUCUAUCUCGCUGCAGCCGUCAGCGAUUUCUUCAUCCCGCGCGACCGGAUGGCAGAACACAAGAUUCAAUCAUCUGAGGUGCCCGUUAUUUCUGAAGAUCAGAUCUACACCGGCGAGAACGAGUCCCAGCCAUCCAGGAACGGAAAGAAGCUCGUCAUUGAUCUUGACCCGGUCCCGAAGUUCCUCCACCGCCUUGUCGACGGCUGGGCACCUGAUGGAAGCAUGAUCGUCUCAUUUAAGCUGGAGACAGACCCGAGUCUGCUCGUGAACAAAGCACGAACUGCGCUGCAGCGAUACUCGCACCACCUUGUUAUCGGUAACCUUCUCUCCACCAGGAAGUGGGAAGUGGUCUUCGUCACUCCUGACGAACCUCGAGAACGAUGGAUUCGCGUUCCGAAGUCGAAGAGGAGUAAGAGUAUCUCUGGUGUUGAGAACCAGGUCGGAUUGGCAGAGGGAAAGGAACCCAAUGCAGCUACGGAAGAGCCACCGGUGCAAACUGAGGGGACGGGAGCGGAUGCGGAUCAGAGAGAAGGGGGAACAGCCCCUGGUGACCACCAGAUGGAAAUCGAGAGCCUGAUCAUCCCUGAAUUGGUCAGGAUGCACUCUGAAAUGAUAAAGAAGAAGGCUAAGUCCGGAACAGCAUAG